GCCAGAAACAUGCUUGUGUCUUUACAGCGUCCUUCCCCAGCGGCUCCGGGGUUAAGCUUCGGCUACCCAGACCAUCCAGACCAUCCAGACCAUCCAGACGAACCUGUGGUGAGAGAACCGUCACCCACUGUGUACCUAUGUACCUAGGUAGAUAAUCUGAGACGAUGCCAUUUCAAUCCACGUCCAGCGUCUUGCCUCUACCCUCCACACCACACAACUGGACAAUGACGACUCCAACGUGGGCACACUUUUUAGCCUUCAUCAACUCCACGCCAGCCCCUGAGGAUGAGCUUGACUACUUCCGCUCACUUCCCUGGACCAAAGACUACCUUGACAACCCCGAGUUCAAAGCAGUCCAGACGACCUCUCGGAUUCCCAAAUCGACCAAUGAUGACAACUUCUUCGCCCGCACGCUCCAAGGCGACGACACGAUCCAGCACUGGCUGGCAUUGAUCCCCAAGGCAUUUGUCCCCCUUCCUCAACAGACCGACACCCCACCAAUUGGCACACUCAAUGGGCGCACCACCCGCAAGAUUCGGGACACUCAUCAGUCUGAUCUAUUGCUCCUCCUGCAUCUGAACAAUGGCCUGAAUGGAUUUGCGGACGUUGUCCACGGAGGGGCGCUGUGCGCCAUCUUCGACGAGGCAUUGAGCUUUUGCGUGGAAGCUCGAAGGCAGCUGACGACUGAUGCGAGAGAGUUGAUUUACACGGCGAAGCUGACAAUCUCAUACCUCGCCCCGGUGCGGUCACCGUCCACGGUCGUGGUCAAGUGCUGGUUGGAAGCUGCACAUGGGCGGAAGUGGUAUGUGAGAGGCCAGCUGAUCGGGGAAGAUGGGACCAUCUAUUCGGAGGCUGAAGGUUUGUGGGUUUCGGCCGGGCAGAAAUUGUGAUUGUAAAACGGCAGACAUUGCUGAAUUGGUGGUCAUCGACGCCCUGUUGACCAGUCGUUGUGAUGUGUUGAAGCCAACAAUGCACGUAGGCAAAUCUAUGAUUCCUGUCCAGUGCUGUGCUUGUAGUAUUACUCGGGUCUCU